AUGAAGGUUUUCUUGUGUCUUUGGGCUCUAACUACUGUAGCAAAUGCCGGUUUAUUAUAUGGCGGCAGUAGUGGAUUUGCUGCUGGUGUAAGUACAGAUUCCGAUGUCUCGUUUAAUGAUGAAAGUGGUAGAACUGCUGGAAGUUUGUCCAGCGGAGGUCCUACCACCACAAUUCGAGCUAUUUCCGAUGUUGGAGAAGGUAGUACCACUGGUGGCUGGUCCAAUGGAGGUGAUUCCUCUGACAGCCGAUGCCAUGAAGGUGGUUGUAGCAGUGGAGAUGCUGAGUCAGUUAUUUCUGACGCAGAAGAUAAAAGUUCAGCUGGCAGCGCUGGUGGUUGGCCAGCUGUUGGUGGUGUUUCCUCUGCCGAAGCAGUUAAAAUUAUCAAAAUUAUAUCUCAAUAUGAGGCCUCAGGUGGAAACAUCGGCGUUCAUAAUGGCUGGCGAUGA